AUGGCGCGAAGUACCACCCUGAUCCUCCUCCUCUUAACAGUAACACUCAUCUCCUUCUUCACCGUCUCCGGCGCCACCGCCCCUCCGACCUAUCGCCGCCGCCGCCACACGUCGCCGCUAACCCACAUCCACCGCCGCCGCCCGAUCGUGGCUGCGGCGGCAGGUGGGGGAGUGCCGACGCAGGUGAGGUACGAGACCAAGUACUACGAGCAGCGGCUGGACCACUUCGACGCGCUGCCGGCCAGCUACCGGACGUUCCCGCAGCGGUACCUGGUGAACGGCACCUACUGGGGCGGGAAGACGUCGCCCGUGUUCCUCUAUGCCGGCAACGAGGGCAACGUGGAGCUCUUCACCAACAACACCGGGUUCAUGUGGGAGCUCGCGCCCCGCUUCCGCGCCCUCCUCCUCUUCGUCGAGCACCGGUAUUAUGGGAAGUCGUUUCCGUUCGGGAGCGAGGAGGCGGCGUUCAGGAACACGAGCACGGUGGGAUACCUGACCACGACGCAGGCGGUGGCGGACCUGGCCACACUCGUGCAGAGCCUCAAGUCCAACCUUAGCGCCCACGCCGCGCCGGUCAUCGUCUUCGGCGGAUCCUACGGCGGCAUGCUGGCGGCGUGGGUGCGGAUGAAGUACCCGCACGUGGUGAUGGGCGCCGUGGCCUCGUCGGCGCCCAUCCUCGGCUUCUACGGCCUCGCCGACCCCUACGCGUUCUAUGACGUCAUCUCCAACGACUUCAAGAGCGAGAGCAAGAAUUGCCACGACGUGCUGAUGAAAUCGUGGGGCGAGCUGGACAAGGCGCUCUCCAACGACGCCGGCCGCGCGGACCUCAACAGUACCUUCAAAAUGUGCCGAGCUAGUACCGUGGACGCAAUACCGGACUUGCUGGACACCGCCCUGACCUACUCCGCCAUGACGGACUACCCGACCUCGUCCGGCUUCCUCACGCCUCUCCCGCCCUACCCAGUCAAAGAGAUGUGCCGGGCAAUUGACCACCCGAAGUCGGGGAACGACACGUUCGCGCGGAUCAAGGGCGCCUUGGACGUGUACUACAACCACACGGGCGCCGAGCCCUGCUUGGGAGACGCCACGGAGAGCGACCCUUAUGGCAUGUUCGACGGCUGGGACUGGCAGGCCUGCACGGAGAUGAUCCUCAUGACCUACGGGGUCCGCAAUGGCACGGUCUUCCCGCCGGAGCCCUUCAACUUCACGGACCUCCUCGCCGGCUGCCGCGCCUCCACUGGCCUCCCACCACGACCUUACUGGAUCCCCACUGAGUUCGGCGGCUUCGAUAUUAAGCAUGUCUUGAGGAGGUCAGCGAGCAACAUCAUCUUCUUCAAUGGGCUCCGGGAUCCGUGGAGCAGCGGCGGGGUACUCAAGAGCAUCUCCAAUAGUAUCAUUGCGCUGGUUGAACCAAAAGGGUCACACCACGUAGACCUGAGAUUCUCCACGAAAGAAGACCCUGAAUGGCUUAAGCAAGUGCGGAUUAAGGAGACGAGAAUCAUAGCGCAUUGGCUCAGACAAUACUACAAAGAGGAGACCAUAGAUAGUCCUUAGCUAGGUCUAGGUGUAUAUGAUCCAUGCCAUAUAUAUGUAGGGGAGUGGUCAAUUUAUUCUAGCUUAUUUAUUGAUAUUUUAUUUGCAUUUUUAUUGCUGGUACAUUACUAUUAACUUUGAAGGGUCACAGAGUAAUUAAUAACAGAUUUAGAUCA